GUUUCCUGUGGAGAGUACUAGAGAGAAAUCAGUUCCUGCAGAGCCGAGAGCCCGCGGCGUAACCGGUUCGCACGCUCUUCUGCACCGGCAGGUUCCUCAAGAUGUCAGCUUCAGCCUCACAAGGCCAUAACUGGACCCGACAGCUGAAGAAAGAAGACAAGGAAGAAGACCCACUGGACCAGCUGAUCACCCGCUCUGGCUGUGCUGCCUUCCACUUUGCAGUGCAGGAGUGCAUGGCCCAACACCAGGACUGGCGUCAGUGCCAGCCACAAGUGCAGGCAUUCAGGGAUUGCAUGAGUGCACAGCAGGCAAGACGGUGGGAGGAACUGCAGAGGAGGAAAGAGCAAGCCAGUGUUCAACACUGAGACCCUAAACCGUCAUCCCACAACCUGGCCCUGAAGAAAUAAGCACCCAGAGCGACCCUGGGAAGAAGUAAUCCUAAGUAGUAGAGUGUGCAAUAGGAGAUAAAUAAUUUGGACCAUCUUUGGGACUAGGGUUGAAAGCACCAUGAGCUGUUUUUAUUCUAUGAUCAGAUCGGACACAUCUAUACUGUUCCUGUUUCACCCGUACUUGUAUCUAAAAUUAGUGGGAUAUGGACCACCCCCUCCAUCCUACCUCUUAAGUGUGCCAAGUACUUUGUAAGUAUAUUCACAGGCUAAAGGUAAAUUGGUUGCUCAAUCAGGCCUUUGUUUUUCAGUCACAAAUUUAACAACAACAAGUGUUUCUAAGGCAUUGUGUUAUUAAUGUGCAAUUUGAAGAGUUAUGUGACCUUCCUGUUGCUUAGAGACUAGUGCGACUGGCCACACUCAAACAGUGAACUCAGUUUCCAACAGUGACAGAAGAGCCUUUAUCUUUUCUGGGUGUUUUAUUCAGUUUAAUGGGGGUCAGGAGCUAAUCGAGAAACAUUUUUUAAAAGACGGAAUCUAUGUAGUCCAGACUGACCUUGAACUUUCUGUAUAGCCAAGGAUCACCUUAAACUCAUGAUCCUCCUGCCUCCACCCCACAUACUGAGAUUACAGGCAUGUGUUACCACACUUAUCGAGGAAACAUUUUCAGCUGAGUACUUGGUGUAUGUCAGGCUCAGUGUAACAGAUUCAGAGCCUGCCCCAUCCUACCAACACACAAAGCUUGCCAGACAUUUUGUAAGUAUGUUUGACAUUAAAGUACAGACUUUGACCUUUGGAAAAAUGCAACCACUAUAUGCUACUACUUGACAACAGUUUGACAGAGCUGAUAAUGCCUUCUCUGGGGUGCUGUUUCCUGUUUAUAACAUCAACAGUUGCUUCUCAUUUUUAUUCAGCGAAACCAUGAAAUCUGUUUCUGCAUGCCCCUGGAAGUUAUUUGGAAAUAGGAAAGGGUUUGGAAGGUGACUCUGCCAUAGAAGCUUGGUUUUUUUUUUUUUUUUAAUUUAUAAUUAUUAACAAACAUCUCUCAGGCAUCUAUAUGUUAGCGGUCCAAGUCUGAAUUAUGGUAGACCCUAAUACCUACUUGAGCCUUGUGUGCAGAAAUGUUAGGGAAGACAGAAAGUAGAGAAGUUUAUUGAAGAGUAAAGCCCUGUUUCAAGUUGAAGAUAAGUGAGCAGAUAUAGCUGCAUCUCUGCCGGUCCACUCCUGCUUUGAGUUGAGUCAGCAGUGGGGCAGGUAGUGUGCAUUGUGGUGUCGUCACAAAUCCCAGAGAUGGGCACAGUGUGGUGCACGCCUUUAAUCCCUGUACUCAAGGCAGAGGGAGGCAGUUCUCUGAUUUCAAGGUCAGCCUAGUGUACUCGUGAGUUCCAGGACAGCUAUAGGUGCAUAAUGAGGUUCUGUCCAAAAAAAUUAAAAAAUCUCAGAGAUAAAAAGAGGGACUUUUAAAAUUGAAGUACACAUUACUUAUUUGUAAUGUCGGAAGAAUUACCAUCUGGAACAAAUUCAAAGUACAUCAUGGUCAGUAAGAAAAGACAAGAAGAAACACUGGCUGGACUGAGGCCCAUUCCUACUUAUAUCCCAGCAUUUAGGAGGCUGAGGCAGAAAAAUCACCCAUAAGUUUCAGGCCAGACUGAGCUACAUAGUAAGUUUUAGUUUAGCCUAACCAAUAAAAUGAGAUUAUUUAAAAAAGAAUAUGCUUUAGAUUAUAGGAAAAUAUAAAUAGGUGCUCUAUUACAGACAAUCCAAAAAAACAAAAAUCCACACGCUUUUAACAUAAAAUGUUAGCUGAUCCUGCUGGCAAAUGAAGUGACCAGUAUUGGUGGAGAAAGGAACAGACUCAUUCUUGUGAGGAGAGCACUAACUUUUUGGAUGACAAUUUGGUAGAACAUACACAAAGCUGGCUGCAGUGACACAUGCCUAUAAUUGCAGCAAGGCUGAAACAGGAGGACUGUAGCCAGUCCAGGCUACAUUGAGUUCCAGGACAGCCAUAGCUACAGUGUGAGCACCUAUCUCAGGAAAAAAAACAUAAAAUAUACAAACCCGUUUCAUAAGAGCCUCUACUGAAUACAUGUUGUAAGAUGCAUGUGCUGUGUGUCCUGCAGCAUGCAUCACAGUCAGAGGGUAAAUUCCAUCAUUAAGGACACAGUUACUCUGUAUUCCAGUCUGUAAUGAUAAUGUGUCUACAUGAUUUACAGUGGGGCUGUGUCCCAAUAAACUCUCACUAUAAGUGGAAAUGCAUUUAGUUAAACAAUGUACCAUGAAGGAAGGGGAAAAUAUCCUGAAUGAGAGAGUACAGAGGGAGGGUGAGAGAGUAGGAGGAAGGGGAUAAAAUGGAAGCUUGGUUCCCAGGUGGUAUUGGUGCACACCUUUAAUCUCAGCACUCAGGGAGGCAGAGACAGGAGGAUCCCUAUGAUUUUGAGGCCAGCCUGGUUUACAGAGUGAGUUCCAGGACUGGUUCCAAAGCUAUACAUAAAAAACUUGUCUCAAAACAAAAUAAAAAAAUUGAAGUAUAGUACAGGCAUAUGUGUACAUAUUUUAAGAAAAUCCUUUACGAUUACAGCAAUUAAGCAUCAGCAUUUUUCUGUGUUUUUUUUUUUAUGUAUUUAAAGAAACAUCUAGGCAUGAAAGAGGAAACUCACAGGUUAGAGGCUAGCCUUGGUAGUAUAGCAAGAUCCUGUUAAUAGAUAGUAACUAAAGGCAGGGAUUGCCUCAGUGGAAGAAAGCACAACCUGACAAGGACAAAACCCUGUUUGUUCCCCAGCACCAUCAAAGAAUAAAAUAGCACAUGAAUUUGGGAAUGUUGGCUCACUCUAAUCCCAGCAAGGGAAGCUAAGACAGUCGGAUUGCUUUCCUGAGCUCAAGGGCAGACUGGGCUACAGAUUGUGAAGUACCUGCUGAACAUCAUAGCCUGCCAGCAUAGCACACUGUAGAAUCAGUUGUUCACCUUUAUCAUGCUGCCUGAGGGGAGCUAGGAUCACGGCCACCCACAGCAGACACUGAUGCUCAGAGAAGCAAGCACAAUAGAGUCUCCUAGACAAG